AUGAACGUCCGCCCCCCCAUCGAGAGCUCGAAUCCGACGGCCGUCCUGUCCGUCUCCUUCAACAGCGACUCGAGCUGCUUCGCCGCCGUCUUUCACACAAAGUCCUGCCUGCUCAAGGCCUCGAGAGACUUCAACGCCGGCAUCGGCCUCGUUCAGAUGAUGGGCAUGACAAACUACCUCGCCCUCGUCGGCGGCGGCAAGUCGCCCAAGUUUGCCAUGAACAAGGCCAUCGUCUGGGAUGACAUGAAGGGCAAGGUCGCGCUGGAGAUUGCCGCCCUCACGGCCAUCCGCAGCGUCCGCCUCGGCCGCGAACGCAUCGUCGUCGUCCUCCAGAACAGCGUGCGCGUCUACUCCUUCGCCAAGCCGCCCGACCUGCUCCACGUCUACGAGACGGCCGACAACGUCCUCGGCCUCUGCUGCCUGUCGGACCGCCAGGUGGCCUUCCCCGGCCGCACCGCCGGCCACGUGCAGCUCGUCGAGCUCGUCACAGGCAACGUCAGCAUCAUACCCGCCCACUCGUCGCCGCUCAGGGCCCUGCAGCUGAGCCCCGACGGCGAGCUGCUCGCGAGCGCCAGCGACAACGGGACUCUCAUCCGCGUCUACUCCACCGGCAACUGCGCCAAGGUCGUCGAGCUCCGCCGCGGCAUCGACCAGGCCACCAUCUUCUCCCUCGCCUUCUCGCCCUCGGGCGCCAUGCUCGCCUGCACGUCGGACAAGUCGACGCUGCACGUCUUCGACGUGCCCGCGCCCCGCCGUCCGUCGGCCCAGGCGAGCUGGCAGCAGCCCGCCGCCUCGGGCGAGGCCGAUGCCGGGAAAUGGGGCAUCCUCGGCAAGAUCCCGCUCAUGCCGCGCCUCUUCUCCGACGUCUACUCCUUCGCCUCGACCACGUUCGAGGCCGGAGACGACUCCAUGAUCGGCGGCAUUCCCUUCUCCGAAGGCACCGUCCUGGGCACGACGAGGCCGCCCAAGGGCGUCAUCGGCUGGAUCGCCGAGGACAGCCUGGCCGUCGUCGGCGCCGGCCAGGACGCGAGGUGGGAAAAGUUUGUGCUCGUCGAGGGCGAGGAUGGCAAGCGUCACUGCGUGCGGGAGGGUUGGAAACGGUAUGUGGGAAACACCUGA